CGUCACAGACGGGCUGACUGAGGAGUCAAUGGAAUCGCUGAAGUUGUGACAGAUGGGAGAAGCAGCCAAUAGGAGCUGCGCACUGGGGGCGACUCUUCGGCUUGGCGUCCAGUGAGAGGCGUGGCUUGUUGGCGACGUUCCCGCGGUGGUUUGUGUGAGCGGGCGAGGCUGGAGCUGGCUGAUGAUGGCGGACUUUUUAAAAGGCCUACCAGUGUACAAUGAGAGCAACUUUAGUAGAUUUCAUGCAGACUCUGUGUGUAAAGCCUCAAAUAGACGGCCCUCAGUUUACCUGCCCACAAGAGAGUACCCUUCUGACCAAAUCAUAGUAACAGAGAAAACAAAUAUACUUUUGCGUUACCUACACCAGCAAUGGGACAAGAAGAAUGCUGCAAAGAAAAGAGACCAAGACCAGCUAGAAAUAGGUGAGACAUCUGCACCUCCACGAAAGAUUGCCCGGACCGACAGCCAAGAAAUGAAUGAAGACACAUAAGCACCACUGAGAAACUUCUUUACCAACCUUGCAUCACACAUCUCCAUAUUGUUUCCAUCCUCACGGCACAGGAUUACCCUGUUAUGUGGAUGGAGGUAUCGCAUCCUUCCUCAUGGAUACAACCUGUUUCUCUUCUGAUAGGAGCCAAAUUUGUAUUUAUUUCUUGAAGAUUUUAUUUAUGCUGUGCUGAAACUUAUCUGGGAAUAGAUGGAAGUGAAAGAUUUCAGUCCCUGCCUGCCCUUUCCUUUUAAUCUUUUUUUCUGCUGCUCCCUACACUGUGUACAUGGUUUUAAAUUAAUUUGCCCAGGUUAUGCCGGACUCUGCUCUAGACUCUGUGCUGCUGGAAGUCCUGUGAUCCAGUGCCGCAAAAGCUGUCAGAAUGGAUGAAGCAGAUGUUUUGAGCCUAGGAAUAUUUUCUCUGAAAACUGCUUCAGCCACAGUGCAAUUUUUGUUCGAUUGACUUUUUUUAUUUUUUGCAUGCAUUUUUUAUUUUUUGUGCAUCCCAAGCCUCUGGGAGGACGACAUCCACAGCCUGGAAACCACAACCUUAUCAGUACAGUAUUGUUCUGUUAUCUUGUAGUUGCACCACUCAAUGAAACUCUGCGCCAGUUACUGGUGUGCCAUAAUAUAAAUUGUCCCUUCUAGAGGCACCUGCAUGACUAACAUACUGUUUGAGGCAUUGGACUUGUAUAGCGUUCUUACCUCCAAGCGCUACAUCCACCAAGAGCCCUUGUGUUUUUACACUGGUUUCCAUAGCAAAUGGAAAGUUCAAUGUCAUCCAGACUGUUAAGCAAUCCUAAUACAUGAAAGGCCAUUAGUACAGUUACCUGAGCAUUCACCACCGUGUUGUCCACAUCCCAACAGGAACCGUGAAUUAAACCAGCCAUAACUGGAUUCAUCCCAGCCGAUCUGUUGUGGGUUCUUUUUUGUGUACAUUUUAUGCCAUUCUGUUUUUUUGAUUUUUUUUUUUUUUGGAAAGAGCAGUUGAAGGUGUGUUCUGUGUCAGUACUGUGACAUGGCCAUUUACCAUAAUUUUUCAAGUUCUGAAGCCCUUAACUCAGUUGCCUAUAAAGCUCAACUAGUGCUUCCUGAAUAGAAAUGUUGCCUAGAAAAUUCUGUUGCACAGUAGUUAUGUCCUGUGGUAAGGAAUAAUCCUGUGGCCUUCCAAUAAAGUCUCUGAAGCAGAGAUUGCCUGUA